UAUUUGAACAGCAGGGGGAGAUCGUAUGCCGCAAAUGAUGAGGGCUUCGGCUGACAGCCGAGGGUGUGCAUAGUGGAUCGGUCUUUCCGGGGUUCAAACAGCAAGUCUAGCGUGCCUGUGGAGAGUCGAGGACCACCGAUGAUAAGUUGGCAGAAUAUAUGUUCAACGUUUGCAUUAACUGUAGGCGCAGUGCUUCUUAGGAAAACCCCUGGUGCCCACGGUAUCGAGGUUUUCAGUGAACUAGCGUUACUACAAGGGCUAACAGUUUACAGCUAAAUAGUUAGCCACGGCCACUUACAGGUAUGUCUGAAGUUAGUCUUGAGGCUGAAUUGGGGAAGACCUCAGCCGAGGACGCUCAGCUGGAUUGUGAGGACGCUGACGAAGUAAAGGAGAAUUUGAGUGAGGAUGUUGAACAGGAGAGUGUAGACAACAGCAGAGAUGAGGAUGUUGGAGAUGAGGUGCUUGACGACGUUGAUAUUGAUAGUGUUGAAGAAAAUGCAGAAAUCAGUGGCAAGGAUGUCCAGGAGGAGGAUGAGGAUAUUCAGAGUGAGGGGGAUGGCGUUGCUGCACACACGCCUGGCAGUGUAGACAAUGGGGGACACCAGACAAAUCUUCAUGUUGAAACACCAGAGGAGAAUGGAGAUUCUCUCAUUGAAGCAAAGGAGAGCACAAUGGCUGAGGAGUCCCACAGAAGCUCAGCUGCUGAGAUCCCAGUCACCAGCAAUGGAGAGCUGGAUCAGAGCCCUGAGACAGUAUACCAGAGGGACUCUUGCCCCAGUGGCCCUGGGGCCCUAAACCUUUCAGAGACCUGCCUCACCUCCAGCAACUUUGCUUCAACAAGAGAGGGCAUCAUUGAGUCAAGACCAUACAAAGGAUCAGCAAGCCUGCCCACAUCUCCCGUGGCAUCUGUAGCUCCCAGCUCGGCUGUCGCUAGCCGCCUGGCGCGCUCUUCCAGCGAUAGUCAAACUGAAGGUGCACAGCCAAAGACUGGAGCUGUGGUCCUUUCAGAUGACUUAAAGAACCCAGCCAUGGAAAAACUGGACCUAGUGAGAAAGUGGAGCAUCAACACAUAUAAAUGUACCAGGCAGAUCUUGUCAGAGAAGCUGGGUCGGGGCUCAAGGACCGUGGACCUGGAGCUGGAGGCUCAAAUCGACGUCCUGCAUGACAACAAGAGAAAGUACCAGUAUGUGAUCAGGCUGGCUCAGACGCUGGCCAAUCAGCUGUCCCAGAUAAUACAGACGCAAAAGCAGCUGGGCGACGCCUUCGCAGACCUCAGCCUCAAGACACCAGAGCUCCAUGAGGAGUUUGCUUACAAUGCUGACACCCAAAAGCUUCUAUCCAAAAAUGGAGAGACACUGCUGGGUGCCAUCAACUUCUUCAUCUCCAGUGUCAAAACACUAGUGGAAAAGACAAUUGAAGAUACCAUGAUUAAUAUAAAACAGUAUGAAAUAGCCAGGAUUGAGUAUGAUGCAUACCGCACAGAUUUAGAAGAGCUGAACCUAGGGCCACGUGAUGCCACCACCAUGCCCAAGAUCGAGCAGUCCCAGCUGCAGUUCCAAAUCCACCGCGAGAAAUACGAGAGGAUGCGAAAUGAUGUCUCCAUCAAGCUGAAGUUCCUGGAAGAGAACAAGGUGAAGGUUCUGCAUAAACAGCUCCUCCUGUUCCACAAUGCCAUAGCUGCAUACUAUGCUGGAAAUCAAGAGAAGCUGGAACAGACACUCAAGCAGUUCCACAUCAAGCUGAAAAUGCCAGGUGGGGACAGUCCAUCUUGGCUGGAAGAGCACUAAUCACUCACCACGGUUCCUUUCAGGAAUUGUCUAAUUCUACAGAAACCCUCCUUCCCUUCAUCUCUACUGUCACUGCGUUCUGCUUUGAAAGCUCUCAGAAUUGUACAUCUUUUAACAUAGUACACAAAGGGGAGGGGGGGGGGAAUAAACUCCCAGUCUAUUUUACUCUUCAAAUUAAAUAUUUUCAUCUUUGCAGUUAAUUCAAGCCAUUGGAAAAGCACUUUUAUACUGUUUGACAAAUCUGUUGAACAGGGGUUGCUGCAGUAAACGUGUCUGGAAACUGCAUGGCCUUCUGUAUUCCAGCUUAUGAAUGUUGUAUCCAGCAAAGUGCACAUGUAACAGCAGCUCCAGGAUCAAAAUGGCUGCUGUUUAAUUCACCUUAUUUACUCUUAUCAGCUGAAUAAAAUGGAGUUGAAUGGUUUAUGAAGAA